AUGGACGACGGCAGCCAAAACGACAACUUUGUUGGGCUUGUGCUCAAGGAUGUCAUUCCCAAGCGCAGCAAACCUUGGUGGAGAGACCCAACGCUGGUUAAGCUCAAUGCUCUGCUGCUGUGUGCCCUCCUCACACAGACUGCCCAGGGCUUUGAUGCGAGUAUGAUCAACGGCAUGCAGGCUCUCCCAGAGUGGCAGAAGUUCUUUGGCCAGCCGAAGGGCUCGCGCCUUGGCGCCAUGACGUUUGGUCCGACCGGAGGCGUAUUGAUCUCCAUUCUCGUCUCCUCUCAACUCUGCGACCGGCUUGGAAGGCGCUGGCCGAUCUUUGGAGGCUCCCUUCUCAUCAUUCUCGGCUCCGUUAUCCAGGCGGCAGCUAUGAACUAUAGCAUGUUUGUUGCAUCUCGUUUCAUCGUCGGAUUCGGACUCGGUAUCGUCUCGGUCGCUGCCCCGCCCCUGCUGUCUGAAGUCGCCUACCCAUCGCAUCGAGGCAAGCUCGUGUCUUUCUACCUUACUUCGUGGCCUCUGGGAUCUCUGAUUGCGGCGUGGGUUACAUAUGGCACAUUCAGAAUGACCAAUGCCUGGAGUUGGAGACUGCCGAGUCUGUUGCAGUGCACCUUCUCCAUCAUCCAGGCGGUCUUGAGUUUGUUCGCUCCGGAGUCACCCCGAUGGCUCAUCUACCAGGGUCGCAGUAAGGAGGCCUUCGACAUCUUUACCAAAUACCAUGGCGAUGGAGACGUCAACUCGAGGCUCGUCAAGUUUGAGAUGGCCGAGAUCACGGCGACGCUCGAGGUCGAAAAGCAGCAGAAGAUGUCUCGAUGGGCCGAAUGGUUCGCAACAAGGGGCAUGAGGCACCGCUUCUUCCUGGCAGCCUACAUCCCCGCCAUGAUGCAGUGGUCUGGGAACGCCUUGACUUCAUACUACCUGCCUGUCGUACUGAAGACCAUCAACAUUGUCAAUCCAAAGACACAGCUCAUCAUUAACGGAUGUCUAUCCAUCUGGGGAUUCUUGGUUGCCGUGGUUUUCGCAGCUCUGGUUGACCGAGCCGGCCGCCGACGCCUCUUCCUCAUCGGCAUGGGUAGCAUGGGCGUCUGCUACAUCAUCUGGACGAUCUGCUCAGCCAUCAACCAGCAAAAGAACUUCAAAGACACAGGCUAUGCUGCAGGAGUGCUCGCUAUGAUUUUUGCAUACAGCGCUGCCUAUCACUUCUGCUCGCCGGUGGCCCCGACAUAUAUCAUGGAGGUGGUGCCCUACUCGCUACGAUCCAAAGCCUCGAUGAUGUACCAGUUGACGGGCAACCUUGCGGGUAUCUACAACAGCUUUGCCAACCCGGUGGCGAUGGAGGCCAUAGCCUGGAAGUACUACAUUGUGUGGUGCAUCGUUAUCGCGGUCAACUUCACUCUUAUCUGGUUUUUCUUCCCCGAGACAAAGGGACGUGGUCUAGAGGAGGUGGCGGAAAUCUUUGACGGCCCUGAUGCCCGUGCUGGGACAAACGCAAUGAAGGAGAUGGGCUUCAAUGCUCAUGCCGACAACGCACUGGAUUUUGUAGGCGAGGAGACCAAAGGUACCGAGACUACAGCCGUGGAGCGUCAGGCGUAG